CCUUGUAUUAGCCGCUUCCGACACAACCAUGGUGACAAUGACCAGGCUCCUCUCUCUCCUAGUCAACCACCCCGACGUCUUGAAAAUAGCCCAAUCCGAGCAGGACAGCCGCGUGGGCAACCAACGUCGAGUUCAAGAGUCCGACCUCCGCCACCUGGAUUACCUCGAAGCCAUCAUCAAGGAAACUCUCCGCUUGAACCCUCCCGGCCGGUCUCCUUGCCACACCAAUCUAUGGAAGACUGCACCUUCUCCGGCCGGUCCGUUCGCAAGGGCACCUGGCUCAUCGUCAACAUAUCCAAGAUCCAACACGACCCGAGGGUCUGGUCGGACCCGGACGAGUUUCGGCCCGACUGGUUCUUGACGACCCAUAGCAGGGAUAAUAGUAUACGUGAACAAUUUUCCCAACAACCGGUUGGCAGUGGAAGGAGGAUGUGUCCUGGUGUGAAUUUCGCGCUGCGGGUUAUGCACCUGACCCUGGCUACACUAUUGCAUGGGUUCGAUUUCGUGAGGCCCGGCAGCAAACCGGUUGACAUGACGGAGGGGAUCGGGCUGACUGUUCCUAGAGCUACUCCUCUUGACGUUUUGUUGUCUCCCCGCCUGCCUCCUCAUCUAUAUGGGUGA